CCUUGUGCGAGAAAGUUGUCAGUGUCGUGGGACGCGGAUCGCGAUUUGAUAGCGAAUUGGCAUUAAGUGCUUCCAUUGGCGAAAACGGUUCAACGCGAGUGCCAUGCCAAGUCUCAGUAAGCCCAACGGCGCUAAUCAGUCGACAAACAUUUCGAAUACCUGAACAACAAACCCGAUCACACCUGGAGCUCGGACAAUAACCAGAACAGAAAGAACACCGAGGCUACUCAGAUCCAGGGAGAAUGCUGUUCUCCGCGGUGGUGCUGUGCCAGGUGGAGAGGCUGAUGUGCGUGCCCAUCAGUUUCGCGGUGCUGGCUUUCCUAUUCAUGGCCUGCACCAUGGAGGUGGUGCUACUCAAAAUGACCACCAGCGAUCCGGUGUUUGGAUCACCAGCUGAGGACUGGGAGGAGAACGGAGGGCCAGAUGCCGAGGAGCAGAUUUACUACGAGAACCUGGAGAACAACUACGAGCACUGGGCUCGCAGGAGGAUGAGGUUCCAUCAGCGACAGCAGCAACAGCAACAGCAGCAGCAGCAGCAACACCUGCCCACUUAGGGGAAUUUAAGUUAGAGUUUAGUUUUAAUUAGUUCGGCUUUAAGCGGGUACUCUCUGACUGAGCUUUCUUUCUACGCUUUUUGUAUUUGUAUUGUUUUCGGUGUUUCGCCAGUGCAAUGUUUUCGUUAGCUGUUUAUGGUUGACUUUUUCCUUAAAUUAUAUUUGUUUGUUUGUAA